AUGAAAGACACCACGCCUACUCAGGGUACGGCAGACCAAUUGCAGACUAAUGCUGCGACAACGUCACCGCCGGUUCCGGAUGCACCUUACAGCAUCUUCGAUAAACGACAAAAAUGGUUAAUCAUUGCGAUUGUUUCCACUGCUGCGACCUUCUCAGGUUUCGCGUCAAAUAUCUACUUCCCAGCUCUACCAACCAUUGCAGAUGAUCUCGGUGUUUCGCUCGAACUUGUUAACUUGACAGUUACUUCAUACCUUAUCUUCCAGGGGCUAGCACCGAGUCUGUGGGGUCCAGUGUCAGAUGUAAAGGGGCGUCGAAUCGCCUACAUCUGUACAUUCAUUGUAUUUCUGGGCGCGUGCAUUGGUUUGGCGCUGAGUAAGAAUUAUGCUACAGUUAUUGUUCUGCGAUGCCUUCAGAGCACAGGUAGCGCCAGUACGAUUGCCAUUGGCUCCGGUGUGAUUGGCGAUAUCACUACACGCGCCGAGCGCGGUGGUUUCAUUGGAAUCUUUCAAGCAGGGCUACUCGUUCCUGUUGCUGUAGGACCAGUGAUUGGAGGCGCCCUAGCUGGAUCAUUAGGAUGGCAUUCAGUCUUUUGGUUCCUCACCAUCUACUGCAGCGUUUUCUUGGUCCUGCUCAUUGCUCUCUUACCCGAAACCCUCCGAUCAGUUGUUGCCAACGGAAGCACAACGCCAUCGAACCCAUUGACCAGAUAUCCGUUGAACAUCUACCAAAGAACGACCAAAGCACAAUGGAAAUUAGAAGACGACUCAGAUGCCUCUCGCCCAGCAGCAAGGAAACGCAUCGAUCUCACUGGUCCCCUCCGAAUGCUCAUAACCAAGCACGCAGCUCCCAUCAUCCUCUUCCUGGCCGUCUACUACGCCGUCUGGCAAAUGAGCAUCACCGCGAUGUCCUCGCUUUUCAAAGACCGCUACGGUCUCGGUGAAACCCAAAUCGGCCUCGCCUUCAUAGCCAACGGCGUAGGCUCCAUGAUCGGAACCCUAGUGGCAGGCAAAAUCCUAAACAUGGACUACCAACGAGUCAAGGAAAACUACGAAACUUCGCUUCACGCUGAGGCUGCGAAUGAUGGAUCUGACAGUGAAGAUGACUUCCCGAUUGAAAAGGCUCGUCUUCGACUCGUUCCUGUGUUCUCAAUCUUACAAUGCCUCUCGAUUAUUCUCUUCGGUUGGACAAUUCAGUAUCCCGAUCGUGUCCAUAUCGCUGUUCCUAUCGUUUCUACUUUUAUCACGGGCUGGACGGCUGUCUCUACCCAGUCUGUUAUUAUGACUUAUCUAGUCGAUAUCUUUCCUGAUAGAAGUGCGGCGGCGAGUGCCAGUCUUAACCUCGCGAGAUGUCUGUUUGCUGCUGGUGGUACCAGUUUCAUCAUGCCCAUGGUCAAUGGUGUUGGUGUUGGGGUGGCGUUUACGAUAUGUGUCGCUAUGGUCUCUGCUAAAUCCCUGGUCACUCUUGUCUUCGGCGCCACUUUGGCGGCCGCCACCCUCUCCCCGGCCUCAUCGAACACUAAGGGCAAGUGCCCUGGCACACUCAACUGCGACCGUACGUAG